AUGCCCCGCGGCGCCAUGCGCGUGGAGGGCGAUGACCGCGGCCUGCCCGACACGAAGCGCUUCCUCGCGCUGCUCGACGCGCUCCGAGCCGGCGUCACGCCGCCCGGCGGCGGCACGUGCAACGACAGCGAGCGCCACGAGCUGGCGCUGGCGGCGGAGCUCUUUGAUUGGUCGAAGCCGCUGGUGGUAACCAGAGCGCCGGGGCGCCUGGAUGUGAUGGGCGGCAUUGCUGACUACUCCGGCUCGCUCGUGCUUCAGAUGCCAACAGCAGAGGCGUGCCACGUGGCCAUUCAGGUCAUCCGCGCACCCCCUUCCGCCCCCUCCGCCCCUCCCACGUCCCCUGGGCCUCCCCCCUCACUGCGCAUCGUCUCCCUCUCCGCCGCCGCCAACCACCGUGUGCCCUCUGUCUCCCUGCCCCUCGCCCGCCUGCUCCCCGCCCUCUACGCCUCGCCCCCCCACUCCGCCCCCUGCGCCCUCGACUAUGCCUCCGCCCAUGCGCUGCUGGCAGGGGGGCCAGCGGCGGGCGAUGAGGGGGAGGAAGGGGCAGCACAGGCGAGAGAGUCGGGAGAUGAAGGCGGAGGGGGGGGCGGGGGUAGCAGGGAGGGGGCCGAGGAGAGUGGUGCAGCAGAGCAGGGGGGAGGGGGAGGGGCAGGGGGGACACGGUGGGCGGCAUAUGUGGCGGGGGCGCUGGUGGUGCUGGCGAGGGAGAGAGAGGCGGAGUUCCGCCAGGCGUGGAUGGGGGGGUGGGGCGCGCAGGGCGAGAGCGGGGCGUUGGGCAGAGUGCAGGGGGUGGCGGUGGUGGUGGCAUCAGAGGUGCCGGAGGGCGUGGGCGUGGCAUCGUCAGCAGCGGUGGAGGUGGCGAGCAUGAUGGCUCUGAUGCACGCCCUGGGCAUGCACGUGCCCCCCUGGCACCUCGCCCGCAUGUGCCAGAUGGUACGCCCCCCUGCCAUGCCCCUGUGCUCACUCUCCUUCUGCACUGCGCUUGCCCCUUUCCCAUUCCACACUCACGCUCGCUCACUGCACAAGGUGGAGAACAGGGUGGUGGGCGCCCCCUGCGGCAUCAUGGAUCAGAUGGCCGUCACGCUCGCGCGCCCCGCCUCGCUGCUGGCGCUGCUGUGCCGCCCCGCCAGCGUGCAGGGCUGCCUGGCGCUGCCCCCCCACGUGGCGCUGUGGGGCAUCGACUCGGGCGCGCGCCACAGCGUGGGCGGCGCGGGGUACGGCGGGGUGAGGGCCGCGGCAUUCAUGGGACUCACGCUUAUCAACGUCGCUAGUGGAGAAAGCAGUGAAGCUUCUACGAGCGUCAGUGCAGCACCGCAUGAUUUGGCACCAGCAGUAACACAGCCGCUUUCAUGCCUCUGUGAACUGGACCCGCACAGCCUGCCCCUACUGGAGCCCAUACUGCCCGCCACCAUGCACGGCAGCGCCUUCCUCGCCCGCCACGCGUCCCACGGCGACCCCGCCACCACGGUGGCUGCUGAUCUGCACUACCCUGUGUGGCCCGCCUCUCGCCACCCCGUCAUGGACCACUUCCGCACACGCUGCUUCCGCUCCCUGCUGCUCACACACGUGGAGCACGAGGAGGGGGGGAAAGAGGUUCAGGGGAAAGGUGUCGAGGGCGAAGGGGAUGAGGGGGCGGAUGAGGGUGGGGGGAGGCUUGAGCAGAUGGCGUUGCUGGGGGAGCUGAUGAUGCAGAGCCAUGCGAGCUACACGGCGUGUGGGCUGGGGUCGCCUGCCACGGACCUCAUAGUCGCCCUCGCUCGCACACACAUGGGCCCGCAUGGACCACUGUGGGGCGCCAAGAUAACGGGGGGAGGCAGUGGCGGCACGGUGUGUGUGCUGGGGGACAGCACGGCAGCGGCGCAGGCAGCGGUGGACGACGUAUGUCGGCGCUUUGAGAGUUCCACGGGGCAUCGCCCUCACCUCUUCCGCGGCUCCUCGCCCGGCGCUGCUCACUUCGGCCACCUCGUCCUGUACCCGCUCUAG